CCUACUUCCAACUCCUCUUCCACGCUAAAGCGCUAAUCUCUCGCGUUUUCAGGAUGUUAUCCAUCUAAUAUGCCGCUCACUCCGGAUCUGAUGAGAGAAACGAUAGGUUGAAGUGACUGUUCAUCGAUUUCGUGGUUGAAGACAAACGAAACCGUAUAUAGCGUUUCCAUGGCUGGUCAAGGAUUUUGCUGUCAAUUAAAGUUGGUCGAUUACGAUGGUUUCCUCUGUUUUGGACCGCAAUUGUGCUUCAUUCCCAGGCCUGUGGACUCCUUUGGUGGUCGUUCCUGAACAUAUUUGUUCCCCUCCCCCUGCCAUCUCGAGCGCCGUAUAGUUUUCACGUUGACAGUUGAUGUAUGAUAGUUCACUCACGUCAACUUGAAGAUAUCAACCGAAGCUCAAGGGAGCAUUUGUUUCCUUGAAGGACUAUAAAUUUGGUCAGCUGUGAAGUGCGUCAACCUCAUUCUUCCCCCCCAAAGCUCAUAUUGCAUUAGAACUCCGAGAGCUUCACCUUCACGCACGGAAUCUUUUAUUCCUUUUGAAUAGAAAUCAUGGUCCCCACCCGCACAUUCUUCAUUCCCUUCAUUCUGGUUGCUGGCGCUCUCGCCGAUGUUCAGCAAAGAGACACCGAAGCCGGACAACUUCUCUCUCGUCAAUCGAGUAUCGUCCCUAGCAUCUCUCAGUCGGCCGGCCCAGCAUGUAAAUCAGCAUGUGAUUCAGUUCAGGCGAAUGCACAAGGAUGCGACGACAUCUCAUGUCUAUGCACAGACGGAAACAGUGACGCCUUUGCAAAAUGUUUCGACUGCGCUGCUGGUCAGGUCCACAACGCCACUGUUACUGCCCAGUUUCAGGACUUAAUGGAUUCUUACGUUGAGGCAUGCAAGGCUGGUGGAGUCAAUGUGAAAUCCCAGAAGAUUCGUGCCAACGGUGCUCUGUCGCUUCACUCUAUGGUGGGCGCUACCGCAGUGGGUCUGGUUAUUGUUGGGGUGUUCUCCAUGUUGUAGCCAUGUCUGCCAAUUGAUAAAAUAGGUUCCAC